CACGCCUGGGUACCCCUUCCCACUUCAUUCAUCACUCUCCCAGCCCAGCGGACGCUCUUCUGCUGCGGCUCCAAACCAACUGCUGUCACGCCCAGCUUCAUGCCUGGGACACUGCUCGACUCUCUGCCUGCGCUGCAGCUGUGAUUCUGGCCCUCGCAGCUCAGCAGUUCAGCUUCACCACCCACGCCCGGUCGCUAGCGACACUCGCUCUUCUUCCCUGCCCGCUCCCACUCACUGCCACUGCGCUCUGCGCUUCUCUUCCGGUCACUCGGUACCACGCCCCAGUGCGCGCCUUCCUCACCUCUGCCAGCGCAGCUUCCUUUCUCACGAUCCUUCGGACGACGUUGCCCUCCUGGAAUCGCCAUUCGCGCGACCGCCGAUUACAGAUAUUCACUGCCCACUUUGGAUUCCGUCUUCAUAGUCCUCGGACGACACGCCCUCCGCCAUGGAGCGUCCGACCAUCAUCCCAGUCGACAAUGAGACCAAAAGCUCCAUUUCCCGGACCACGGCCGAAGGCAGAGUCCUCACAUACGAGAUGACAGUGCUACAACAGCCAGUCCGUGCCAGAGCAUGUGGACAAGGCGCCAAAUCCUCUGCCGACCGAAGACCUGUGGAUCCACCCCCGAUUGUUGAGUUGAGGAUCUAUGAAGGCUCUGGCCGCGAGCGCGCCGAUGACAUUACCUUCACAAUGCAUGCCAAUUAUUUCCUGUUCGCCACCCUGGAGGCCGCCCGCCCAAUUGCACAUGGACGUGUUUCUGCCGACCGCCACACCCCACCGGUUCUCACAGGCACGCCUGUGGCAGGAAUGGUCUACCUGGACCGACCGGACCCGGCUGGCUACUUUAUUUUCCCAGACUUAUCUGUUCGUCACGAGGGAAACUACCGCUUGAGCUUCAGCCUGUACGAGGAACUCAAGAAUGUCAAGGACGAGGACAAAAUGUCCGAGGACCCGAAGGCUGCCGGCGAGGGAGCUCCAGUAGUGAAUCAUCGCCUCGAAGUGAAGUCCGAGCCAUUCCAGGUCUUCAGUGCGAAGAAGUUCCCAGGCCUGACGGAAAGCACUGCUCUGAGCCGGAUGGUCGCAGAGCAGGGCUGUCGCGUGCGUAUCAGGAGAGAUGUGCGCAUGCGCCGCCGCGACCAGAAGAACAGUGCCAAAGAUUGGGAUGAGUACGAGGACGAGACUGCCGCCGCUCGUGCGCGCAUGUCCAGCACGCCCGAGUCGCAGUCGCAGCCAUAUCCAGGCAUGAUGCAUACUCCGCAUAGCUAUAUGGACCCAAUCCCUCGUCCUCGGUCGACCAGUAACACCAGUCACCAAUCCCUUGGGCAGCCCAUUUCACGUAGACCAUCUGCUCAGGAUAUGGCUAGUGCGUACCAAGCCACCCAAUACGGCAAUGCUCCACAACCUCCACAGCCCGCCUUCAAUCAACCUGCACAGUAUGGACCCUCACCAACCCAGACUUACCAACAAGGCCCGUACGUGCAACAGGCCCCUCCAAUGCAGCCUCCACCGCCCCAAUACCAGCAAGGCUACGCAGCUCCUCCUGCACCUUCACCGGUCAGUGCAUCACAACCAGGCUACUAUGGUUAUGCACCAGCACCGCCGCAAAUGAGUGCUCCGCCACAGGCAUCCUACGAUACUGCCGUUCAGCAGCAACACCGCGGUAGCAUUGAUUACUCCGCGCAUGCACAAUCUGAUACCCGUCGAUACUCUGUGCAGCAGCCGGCCUUGCCUCCGCCGCCACAGCCUCAAGCUACUCUCGCGCAGCAACCGCAGCAUUCGACGUACCCACCGCAGAUGUCCUCGCAACACCAAACUUACCAACAGCCACCUUCAUUGCAGGCACAGCAGUCCGGUCACUCACAUUCGUCCUCGAUGGACAUGUACAACAACAGCAGGCCACUUCAACCUCAGCCCAUGCAACCUCAAAGCCGCUCGAGCGCGUCUGGGACGCCCAUCUCCGGGCGAGCGUUCGACUUGCCGCCUCUUCAGACGUCUUCCAAUAUGCUGGCGAGUAACAAGUUGGAGGCCUCGUCGCCCAGCUCCGCUGCUCCCUCGCACUCCUACUUCAGUGCCACACAAACACCGGUGGACACCACGCACAAGCGCAGCUAUGGACACGUCUUCAGCGAAAAAUACCAAGACCAGCCACUUCGACAGGGCGCCCGGCCCGGAGCCAGUGCAAGUGACUACAGCUUGGUCGCUGGCUCAUCCUUGUCGGCAGCUGAUGAUGAUGACACGAGCGGUGAGCUUGACCCGGAUACAUUGAGCAUGCACUACAGGAGAGCAGACGGUCGCGCAAUUCGAAGAGCACUUCCUGGACAUGCUUGAUCGGGCAUGGAUGUCAUGGCCUCCGAAGUUUGCACGGCGGCGAUUGGACUGCAAUCAUCAUACCAUACCGGACUUUUCGGGCGCGAUUGCUCCGUGGCCGGCUCGACCCAAGCGACACCGUAUCUCUUGGGGCGACAUUGCCUAAGUCCACAGGCCUCCGCACCCGCAAUCCAGAAAGUAUUUGUUUCAGACUACAGAACUACACGCCGCUAUAGGCUGGAGAGGUUAUGAUCAACGAACGCACGGCGCUGUCGGCAAACCAUGACAGCGUUCUUGCGCGCGAGACUUCUUUUUUGACACGCACAAAACUUGUUCACUUCCUUUUGUACGAACCUCAUGGCGCAGCAUGUGUGGGGAAAGAAAAUUUUGGCAAAGUUGUGUUUCUUUUGCCAGGCUUGGUCUCAAAAGCCAGGACUUUAAGCCUAAUCUGAUCGACUCGAUCUCUUUGUGUGUGGGAAGAACAAUCUCCUUUUUCUGUUUGGGGACUACUAUUGGGAAGGAUGGACGGAAUUGGGUGGUCACAGUCACGUUUACACGCACGUUCCAUUCGGCAUUCUCUACGACUUUUUACGAACGACAACAAGAUUGAUCCUCGUGCAGAGGGAAAACUCGCGCGCAUCGAAAGGCCUUGCUCGGUUUUGCUAUGAAUUGACCAGGGUAACUCUGGACAGGAAAGAGCAAAAUGAAGAGGAGGACGCAAAGCGAAAGCAAAGCUCUCUGUACGUAGGAAGUAUCUAUUACCUCUUAGACGAACGAAAACAAACUAUCGAAAAUUGAAAAGAAAAAUUGAAAAACA